AGACAGUGCAGCCCAAGCCUCUCAACGCCGAACUUCUGCUGAAGGAAGUUGUUUGCUCGCAGAAAGCCGUUGUUGCCCAGAAGAGGAUUUUCGAAACCCGCGUUUGCUUCACAUCCACAUAUUCUGCUAAGCCCCCACAAAAUAGGGCGUCGAUUAUCGUUUUAAAAUUUUCGCGAAAAUUCCGCUGGUUUUGUGCCAGCCACAGGAUGCCGUUGUGAACGUGUAUACAAUAUAGUUGGUGAAGUUUAUUGCAACGGACAAAACGGAGACGGGAAAAACAGGCUCCUUCUCCCCAGCGCACCCCCGGAUUCUAAGGAAAAACCGACCGUUUUCGGAUUUCCCUGCCGCGCCAGGCACCGCUUUUCCACAAUCAACUUGUCGCCCACACACACAUCUACAUCCACCUCAUCCGUUUGUCGGGUUCCACCAUAAACAAGGCAGAACACCUUAAAGAUGCGUUUCCUUUCAAACGGUUAAGCGCCCCAGCCAGGAAGAAGGGAAGGCAGCAACACAAGAAAAAAGUCCAACGAAAAGUGCUACAAGUGUUGCUAAUCGUGUGAAAACCGGUUUUUUUCUUUCCCGUCUGAAAAUAUUCGGGAGGUUUUUAUUUUAUCUUACCUUUUUUUUUGGUUUUUGCUGGUGUUAUUCGGAGUGGUAAGAGCAAAACCACGAGGAAAAAAAUCGCACCGUGCGCCGCGAGUGGUGUUGUAUGAAAGAUGGGUAGCGAGUUUGUUUUAUUUUCGUGAAAUAAUUUCAAAAUAGUGUUCAAUCGCGUAUAUGAGUACUUUGCUAACGCAGAAGCAAAAAAAAUGUAUCGGGACGCGUCGACCGCUGCCGCGUAUAACGAGCGAAAAAUGUUUGUUCAUCCGACGAUAAAGAAUGUUCUAUCGUCACGAAACAGCACCAACAGCAGCAGCAGCAGCAGCAGUGGUAACAGCCAGGAAUGAUUCCAAUCUUACCAACCAUCAAAGAAAAAAAACGGUCCAGAUCGUUUUUCUUUUGCUGCACACGUUAAGAAAAAUAUAUAAAUAAGAAAAACCCCAACGUCUAAUAACGAGGAUGAAGAUGUCGAACCUUGAGCAAUUCGUGAUUGUGUUUCCAUUCGUUCCUAAUCUUUGGCUCUUCUUCCUGAACGAUAGCAGACAGCAAAUUGCUGGGGCGUAGAGAGCACAUUCCGUUCGACAUACAGUUUAAAAAAAAACACGAAUAGUCCAGCAAUAUAUAAAAUAAAACGAAAGGCAGCAACAACGUCGACGCAUGCAGGCUGGAGUUAUUGGUUGUGGUUGUCUGCUGGCUCGAGGUUAUAAGCAGUUGUCUCCCGGUACAUGUACAUGAUCGCCGUUACCACCACCGUGCAAGUGAUAUAAAAUAUAACACGUUCCCGGCGCAUACAGUAAACGGGCCGUGACGGGACAACAAACGGUGACGCUUGGCAAGAUGACGAUGAAAUCUAUGAAGUAUAACGACUGUGACACCAUCAUGGACGGCUACAAUCCGGCACCACCGCCAUUACCCAGGAGGGUACCACCAGCGCGAAACAUUUACGCGGAACCAUUCGCUACCGAAUCUAACACGAACAGACUACAAUCAUCGCAACAGCUGCAGCAGCAACAGCAGCAACAGCAGCAACAGCAACUUCAAUCUCAGCAGCAACCGAUUCCGCAACUGACACAAUCCAUGACUAAUACACACAUCACCACCGGAUCCCGUCUGGGAGGCUCUUCCUCCCUGGUGAUGCCCGUUUUUCCAUUACGAACCGGUGGUACCGCCCACACACCACAUUAUUCACCUUACUCACCAUCAAGGUUUCGCAUCGAUAAAAGCUGUCAGCAUCGUUGCUCCUGGAAGUGUUUUAGCAUCGCCUUAAUAUUGGUUACAAUAAUUUUAUCGGCAACACUGACGUAUUUCGCAGCAACGAGUUCCAUGAAAUCAAAUCUCGACUCUGCCAACUGCAUACUCGUGCAGGAUGUAAAAACGGGCCUGGCCGUCGAUCAAACCGGUACGCCCAUCGAUUCGUCCAACUACGGACUGCUCUCCGGACCGUCUACUUUAAACCCAACGGAGGAGUCCCCCAUUACCAGCACGCUCGACCACAACAGCUUCUCCACGCUCGGUGGUCUGGGCGGGUCGGGUGGCGUUGCCGGUGGUAAUGCUGCCCUGUCCACGUACAACCGGCGACCGACGCAGGACAUUUCGCACCAGGUGCAACAAACGACGCAAGUAUUCAGCUCCGUUCACCAGCAGAAGUGGCCCGCAAUAGUGGAGUUGCGCGAAUUUAACGAAAUCCACGCAUCGACGAUCGCACCGUUCCAGUUCUGGAACGUGGAGUUCCGUAAUAAGCAUCCCGCCUUUAUACAGUUUAACUUUACGCUCCCGUGGGGUGCUAACUUUGCCAUCUACGGGCGGCGUAACGUGGGCCCAACCGUGACGCAGUACGAUUUCGUUGAGUUUAUCAAGGGUGGGCGGGUUGAUCAUAAGUUGCGCCGGAAGCGCAGCAUCGGAAGUAGUUUCUUCCAGAACGAUGUGCUCGAUACGCACUUCAGUGCCAACGACGAGAACUCAUCCACGUUCGAGGCGAACCGGCGCAAUCAGUUUGCGUUCGAAGAUUUGCGCUUGGACGAGGUGGAAAAGCACAUCAUUUCGAAGCGUUCUGCUGACGGUAGCGCCGGUCCGUCUUCGUUGCAGAAGAUCGAUAUGGAAGCGAUGACGGUCAAUGUCACUAUUCUGCAGUAUCUCGACAUUGGCCGAUGGUAUUUGUCGGUGUACAAUGAUGAGUUGUUACCGCACACGGUUUCGCUAGUCGUUGGGGAGGCGGAAGGCAUCCAUACCGCUUGUCCGAGCGAUUGUUCCGGUCGUGGAUCAUGCUACCUAGGAAAGUGCGACUGUAUAGAUGGAUAUCAAGGCAACGAUUGUUCAAUCAGUGUUUGUCCGGUUCUUUGCUCUGCACACGGCCAUUACGGUGGUGGUGUAUGUCACUGCGAGGAAGGUUGGAAGGGUUCGGAGUGUGAUAUUCCCGUUUCGGAAUGUGAAAUGCCGACCUGCUCCAACCAUGGCCGCUGCAUUGAGGGAGACUGCCAUUGCGAACGUGGCUGGAAAGGACUGUUCUGCGAACAGCAGGACUGUAUCGAUCACUCCUGUUCCGGGCAUGGAACAUGCGUUUCCGGCCAGUGCUUCUGUAAGGCCGGUUGGCAAGGGGACGACUGUAGCAUUGUCGAUCAGCAGGUGUAUCAGUGUCUGCCCGGUUGCUCGGAUCACGGUACGUACGAUUUAGAUACGGGCUCCUGCAUUUGUGAUCGUCAUUGGACGGGGAUCGACUGUUCGCAAGCCGUUUGCAGUUUGGAUUGUGGACCGAACGGUAUCUGUGAGAAUGGACGGUGCCGUUGCGAUGAUGGGUGGACAGGCAGUUUGUGCGAUCAGCUGAUGUGUGAUCCACGGUGUGCGGAACAUGGUCAAUGUAAGAACGGAACAUGCGUUUGCUCGCAAGGAUGGAACGGACGGCACUGCACGCUACCUGGUUGUGUGAAUGGGUGCUCGCGCCACGGCCAGUGUACGAUGGAGGACGGCGAAUACAAGUGCAUUUGUGUGGAAGGCUGGGCUGGAAAUGAUUGCUCGAUCGCGCUAGAGAUGAGUUGCAAAGAUAAUAUUGAUAAUGACAAUGAUGGUAUGACGGACUGUUCCGAUAGUGAAUGUUGCGUGCAUCCGAUUUGUGCGGAACACAUUAUGUGUCUGGCGUCGAACGAUCCGGUUGAGGUGUUGCUGCGCAAGCAACCACCCUCCGUAACGGCAUCCUUCUAUCAGCGCGUAAAGUUUCUGAUUGAGGAAAACUCCGUUCAAUCUUACGCCCAUAUGGACGAGUACAGUGAGAGUGAGUUCUGGAACUCGUUCACACCGUGCCGGGUAUCAGUCAUGCGCGGACAGGUAGUGACACCGCAGGGUCUCGGUAUCAUUGGCAUACGCGUAUCGGUUGACCGAGAUUCUCGCUUUGGAUUUACACUCACGCGACAGGGUGGAUGGUUUGAUGUGCUCGUAAAUGGAGGUGGAGCCGUGACGCUACAGUUCCAGCGAUCACCGUUCCGACCACUCACACGGACGGUAUUUGUACCCUGGAACCAAAUUGUUGUACUUCCGCCGGUCCAGAUGCAGAUAAACGAUAAUGACGAACACGACGAUAUUUCCUUCAUAUCUGUCCCAUCAAAUCUUGCCUACAGCUUCCUGAGUACGUCCCACUAUCGUUUCAUGGAAGAUAACCCAUCGCCGAUAGCUAUAUGUCUGGAGCACGAUCACGAACUGUUGAGUCCUCAUCUGACCAGUACGUGGAUGCCGAAUGGGAUUGGUUCCGUUCCUGGUAAAAAUUUCAUUUUCGCCGAAACACAGGUUGUGCAAGAAUCGCUCAAAAUUCCCGGUUCGGAAAUACACCUGCUGUACAAAUCUUCCCAAGCAUCCGGUUAUCGUUCGAUCGUACGGAUGCAGUUAACGCACGAUCGCAUCCCGGACACGCUCACACACGUGCACGUCGGUGUACAGAUCGAAGGUUCGCUGCAUGUCAAAACGUACGAAGCGGAUCCAAACCUGCGCCACAUCUUCGCAUGGAACAAGCGGAACGUAUUCAAACAGAAGGUGUACGGUAUUGCGAUGGCACGCAUUUCGAUCGGGUACGAGCAUGCAACCUGCCGUGGUAUCGUGUGGGAAACGCGCACGGUAAAGCUGCAGGGUUUCGAUGUCGACAUAUCCGACAUCGGUGGAUGGGGUCUGGACAUACACCAUCACUACAACUUCCACGAGGGUAUACUGCAGAAAGGUGACGGUGCGACGAUACAUCUGAAGGAGUUCCCGCGCAUCGUGCGGGGUGUGCUCGGUGAUGGACAACAGCGCACCCUGAUGUGCCGUGACCACUGCAAUGGGUUGUCGAAAAAUGGUCAACUGUUGACACCGGUUGCGCUAGCGUCCGGUCCGGACGGUAGUUUGUUCGUGGGCGAUUUCAACCUUAUACGGCGCAUCACUACCAAUGGGAGUAUUUUCACCAUCCUGCAACUGGACACAACGCGCGUUUCGUACCAAUACUAUCUGUCAGUUUCACCGGCCGAUGGGCAGCUAUACAUUUCCGACUCCGAGAAGCAUAAAAUCCUCAAGAUAGUAUCGCUAGAGAACGUGGAAGAUCCGUCCUCGAAUUACGAUGUGAUCGUCGGUAGUGGACAGCGUUGUAUUCCGGGCGAUGAACAGAACUGUGGCGAUGGUGGACCGGCAAUCGAGGCACGGCUUUCCCAUCCGAAGGGUCUUGCAAUUGCAGCCGACCGUACGAUGUACAUUGCGGACGGCACAAAUAUACGAGCGGUUGAUCCGAAGGGUACGAUUCACACCCUGAUCGGGCACCAUGGACAUCAAAACCGGUGGAGCCCGGUACCGUGUAGAGGGGCGGCACGGGCAAUGCAGGUGCAGUUACAGUGGCCAACCGCGCUAGCCCUAAACCCGCUCGAUGGAUCGCUGUACUUUGUGGACGAUCGGCUCGUACUGAAGCUAACGUCCGAUAUGAAGGUGAAGGUUAUCGCUGGCAUACCGUUACACUGCAACGAAGAUCACAUGACGGGCUUAAACCGUACCACGCCGGUCGAGGAACCGCUCGGUACGGUGCUGGCAAUGGCGUUCGGACCGAACGGUGAUCUGUACGUGGCCGACACUAACUCGAAACGUAUCAACACGAUCAAGGUGAUCGAAUCGUCCACCGGGUUUAUGAAACAGUUUGCUGGGAAAAUUGAUUCCGGAAGCCAAGAAUGUGACUGUCAGGGUAAAACGUUGAACUAUUCGCGACGUAAACCGGCAAACGGUACUGCUGGUAGCAUCGGUCAAAACCCAUCAUCAGGUGUUGACCGUAGCACUGGUGUACCGGAUGGUGGCAGCCCGUUCUGUGUGUGUCAGCAUGCAAACGAUACAACCAACGGCCGAAAGGAUUAUCCGGAUGCAUCGGCGACGUUCAGUGCGUCAGCCAAUGGGGCUGGUGGAAGUACCGGUGAAACAAUUUUAUCCUCCAACAUUCGCUUCCAAUCAAUAUCAGCAAUUGCGGUCGCCCAGGAUGGUGUAAUUAAUGUAGCCGAUCAAGGUUCGUUGCGAAUCUUUGCACUGGAGCAUUAUCUGCCCCAGCACGAUAGUAAUGGUGAGUUCCAGAUACCGUACACACCGUUGAACGAACUGUACGUUUUCAACCGGUACGGGCAGCAUAUCGCAACGCGUGAUUUGUCCACCGGCAAGUCACGCUAUUCCUUCCUCUACUCGAAAAAUACAAGCUUUGGCAAGCUGUCGACGGUGACGGAUAGUUCCGGCAACAAGAUACAAUUCCUCCGCGACUACAGUAACGUGGUCAGCUCGAUUGAGAACGGGCAGGAUUACAAGACCGAGCUGAAGAUCUCCCCGAGCGGGUUGCUAACGAAGGUAAGCGCCCGUUCCGGUGCUGGCCGUAAGGUGGAGGUACUGCUCGAUUAUGAAUCGAACAGUGGGCUGCUGAUCAGUCGUACGGAAGGGCAGGAAAGUUUCAUCUAUCAGUAUGAUGAUUUUGGCCGCUGCGUGAAGGUGAUUGCACCGAGCGGUGAAAUCGUGCACGUACGUACCCUGUUUGAUGAUCGCUCCACGAAACCGAAGCAGGAGGAUCUGCUAGUGUCGGUGCAGAGCAGCAUCCGGUCGGCAUUCGGUGCGCGUGGUGCAUCGAAACCGAUCGAAUACUCCAUUACCGGUGGCAUACAGACGGUGUCGAUUUCACGCGGUGGCAAGGAAACGAUCGGUCGGAUCGGGUCGAUCAAUCAGACCGUUUCGAUGUCGCUGCCGGCCGGUAUACGGUUGGAAUCGUCCGCAGUCGUUACGCAUCCCUGGCUGGAGAAAUUUCUCCCAACCGAGGCCGAGAUGCUACCGAUGUGGUCCCACCAAUCGCUACACGUUGGCGACCGCACGGCGAACGAUCUGUACUCCAACUACGCUCUGUCCUCGGUGGGAUGCAAUGGUGGUAAUGCCGAUCAACAGCAACAUCAUGGUGGUCGCGGCUCGUCCACACUGAACGGUGGCGUGAAGGGUGAAAAAAUGCUUUGCCGCGAUAUCUUUGUAAACGAUGGGAAAAAGUUACGCAUCGAGUAUGAUCCGAUUGCGCAGCGGGAAAUAGUGCGCGAUCGGGACAACGAGGUGAUACUGGUCGUUUCGUACGAUCAGUCCGGACUGCCGACAAUGUUUUCGCCAGGGAUGGGCGAUGCGUACUACCCGCUCAACAUUACGUACGAUCGGUUCAAUCGCAUCGAAGGCUGGCAGUGGGGACCGUCGGAGCUGAAGUACAACUACGACCGGCAGGGGCGGCUUUCGGAGGUGAGCAGCCUGCAGGAUGGUAUCGUAUCGUACAGCUAUAACGAGGGCAACCUGCUCGAGAUGAUUUCACUCGGCAGCCAGCGCAAGUACAAGCUGGUGUACGAUCGGAACGGUGGCUUGCGGGAAAUAGUGCUGCCAAGCGGCACGAAACACACAUUUAGCCUCCAACCAUCGAUCGGAUUUCUACGGUUUACGUACAAUCCGCCCGGUAGCUCGCGUUCCUACCUGCAGCACUACUCGCACAGCGGUGUCCUACUGCAGACGGUGUUUCCCGGCGAUGGUGCACGUAUCGUCUAUCGGUACGACGAUGAGGAUCGCAUCUCGGAGAUCGUGCACGGUGACGGACGGGACGAGUUCCUCUACCAGACGGGUUCACCAUCCUGCGAGCUACCGAUGGCAAUUAUACACACCGAGCGUGAUUUAGAGUUCCGGUGGGAUUUUGACUGUAUCGGCGAACUGUUGCUAGAGGAGCGGAUCGAUUUUUCCGCCCGCAGUGGUCUUUCCAACGUAAAGUUUAACUACGAGUACGAUGACCAUUUCCGGCUGUCAUCGAUCGGUGGUCGAAUCGGGGGCCAGAAUCUACCGCAGCAAUCGUUCGGUUACGAUGAGCGUACCGGGCGGUUAGCUACGAUCGGCCAGUUUGAGGUAACGCGCGGUGACCGGCAGGUAAAUGCAACGACCGUAAGUGACCGUACCGGUACGUUUAUGCGCACCGUCAAUGGGCGCUUUCUGCUGAUGCAGCUGACACUUACCAUCCACCGGAUGGAGGUGUUCCGGAUGGAGUUUGCGCACGAUUUGCACGGACGCAUCGUACAGACGCGCACGUACACGCGCAACGUUGGCGUUAACACGUACACGAAUGUGAAAAAUUUCACCUGGGACUGUGACGGGCAGCUGGUCGGUGUGGAGGCACAGGAACCGUGGGGCUUCCGGUACGAUGACAACGGUAAUAUGCUUUCGCUCACGUACCGCGGCAAUCCGAUACCGAUGGAGUACAAUGCGCAGGAUCGUAUCGUAAAGUUUGGCGAAGGACAGUACAAGUAUGAACCGCGCGGUUUGGUUGCGCAAAAUGCACGCGAGGAACGGUUCCACUACAAUGCGAAGGGGCUCCUGAUACGGGCGACCAAACGCGGACGGUUCGAUAUACGCUACUUUUACGACCAUCUGAAUCGGUUAAUUACGCGCAAGGAUAAUUUCGGCAACGUAACGCAGUUCUUCUACACCAAUCAACGGCGACGGAGCGAGAUUAGCCAUAUCUAUUCACCACGGGACGGGAAGCUAAUGUCGCUAACGUACGACGAUCGUGGUUCGUUGAUUUAUGCGCAGGUUUAUCGAUACCGGUACUACAUUGCGACCGACCAGUGCGGCACACCGGUGAUGAUAUUUAACCAGUACGGUGAAGGUAUCCGUGAAAUAAUGCGCUCACCGUACGGGCAUAUUGUGUACGAUUCGAAUCCGUACCUUUACAUGCCGAUAGACUUCUGUGGCGGUAUACUCGAUCAGGUUACAUCACUGGUGCAUAUGCCGGAUGGUAAGGUGUAUGAUCCGCUCAUAGGACAGUGGAUGACACCGAACUGGGAGCACGUUGAUCAGCGCAUCAAGAAACCGACCAAGCUACAUCUGUACCGCUACAACGGGAACGAUCCAAUCAAUCCACCGCCGCAACUGCAGGACCAUCCGCAGGACCAUCUCGAUUGGCUGCAGCUGAUGGGGUACGACAUUGACAACAUGAUACCGCAGGCAUCGAUCGAGAGCCGGUUCUAUCAGCAACGGAACUGGCUCGAGAAUGCACUGGCCUCGCCGAACGUACUGCGCCGCCAGUACGAGGAGCGCGGUGGUUCCGGUGGCAUUAACAUCGGGUCUGGCUUUAUGGCUCAUCUCAUGGAGCGAUCGAUUCGUUCGCGGCAGGAUCUCUUACAGCUGCCGGAUAGCUUCUUCGGGUCGAGCCUCAAGUCGGAUCCGCUCGCGAUUGGACCGUUCCGGCUUGGGUCGGGUUCGGAUCCACCGUUCGGGCACGGUAUCAUUGUGUCGCGUGUUGUCGUCGAUGAGCCGGAAGGUGGGUACGCAAUCGUGUCGAGCGUACCGGCUGCCAAUCCGAUCUACCGCGAUGUGUACACGUCCGUGUUUAAUCGCACCCGCUUGUUGCCGUUCACGUUCGUCGUGCACAACUCGCUGCAGGAUGCAUUCUUCUUCGUGAAGGAGGACUCGUGGCGUGCGGCGGAAGAUCGGCAACAGUUGAAACGUUUGCAGGGUCAGGUAAACACCACGUUCCACGAUGCCGUGUCGACCGGUGUCGGUGCGAACGGUGGCGGUGGCAGUGCCGGGUCCGGUAUGUCCGGUGUGCCGAAAGCGUCCGCACACCAUCAGGAUGUGAAGAUACACACGACGAAUGCAAUCAUUAACCUAAAGUACGGCACAACGUCGGCAAAGGAACGUCAGCGUUUGAUGCACCAUGCAAAGCUGCAGGCAGUGCGGAAGGCGUGGCAUCGUGAGAAGGAGCUGUUACGUACCGGUCUUAUUUCCAGCUACGAAUGGAACGCACAGGAGAUGGAGGAGAUCAUUAAGAAUGGGUACGCGAAUCUGUACGAGGGCGAGUACGUACACGAUAUCGAUCGCUAUCCGGAGCUGCUCGAGGAUCCGUUCAAUGUGCGGUUCACGAAGAAGAAGGUAAACCAAUCGCGCAAACGAAAACGAAGAGACACGUCAGAGCUAACGGACGGUACCGUUACCGGUGCGUUACGUAACGUUGAGGUCUAGUGAGGCUGUAAGGUUGCGCAGUGUUAUGUAUAAGUUUGAAGGUUCUUUUGCAAUUGCAAGCAGAUUGCUCGAGGAAUUAUUCUCUCCGGGAGAACUCCGUCCGAUUUUCAUUUCCUGGGUCAUUUACCUACCGCACACACGACGAUGCACGCGCGCAUCCGUAUCGUUCAAUCGGUUAGUACAAUCGUUAAAGCAAAGGAAAUUCAAACGUUUUGUUUUUCUUUCGUUUCCCGCCCUAAUUAUCGGAUAAAUCAAACGAUGCUAUCGCCAUACAAUGUUAACUUUCUCUCUUCAUCUGCAAACCUUCAGCGACCAGCGGUGAGGUGUUUCGAGAACGCUGUUUUGUUCGUAACCGUUGAGAUUAAUUGCUAUAAGUGACCGCUUUCAAGCGAUACACGCACAAGAAAACAAACUGAGAACUGCGUUUAAACAUGACUAUAUUUACAAGAAUUCUAAGUUUAACUAACGUUAGUAAUGCGCCUGCCAAUAGCUUGCUGUAACCAUACGAUUAUGAUACAUUUUUUUAAUUUAUUUGUUUAGUAAUUUGUUUUUGCACCGUGAAGCUAAGUUUUAAGCCAAUGUAAACCGUUUGCUUCCGGUUUUCCCAAUAGCUUGGUUUUGUGCUGAUGAUAUAAAAGCAAACGUACACAGCCCUAUCGACUUGCAUCAAGUCCCGAAAUGUGAGAUCUGUAAUGUUUUUAUUUGCUCAUUGCGUUUCGCGUUCGUUUUCCACUGCUAUAGGUUUACUAGUUACGCGUAAUGUGUUUUGCCGCGUACGGAAAAUAUGUAUUUAUAUCAGAUUUUAAUUAAUUCGACGAGCAAAAAACUACAAAAAUUCCCCUAAAACCCUCCAAAACAAAAACGGAAACGAUCGACUUGAGCGGAAUAGAAAACAAAAACCAGCAGCAAGCUUGUUAGUAUUAGCUCGCUUUUGGCAUUGAAAAUCUCAUUACACGUUAAUUUUUUGCACUGCAAGCAACUACAUUUGUAGCAUUAAUGGUUUACCCAACACUUUAUUGAACACACGGCGAACAGCAAUUGGGUUUUGUCCUUCAUGAAGGUUUAUUCGCGUGGAAAGACGAUUGCGAAGCACGAACGGAAACACGUCCCCUGGAAAGCAAAGUGUCCCAAUAAUUAAAAUACUCAUUUAGAGAAAGUACACGCGGACGUGACGUGACUCCACUGACAGGACGGUACAACCCGCCCAGCCCUGUGGCGGCCAAUACUAAUGUAAUGUGUUAGGCAAAGGAUAUAUGUGUAUUGGACUAAGUGUAAAGUGAGUAAAUCGGUAUUGAAACAUCGGUGGAAGCGUGGUCAAACGCGCACGGUGUAAAAGAUGCAAGGAUGCAGUUUUGUUAAGCAGCCUAGGGCGCACACAGGAACUGGAACUGACGGUAUAAACGGAGUGUGCUGCACGGCGCACAACCGGCGCACGCAACCAGGCGCACACACACAGUGGAACGUUACAAGAAUGCGUAGAAUUUAAAUACAACUAGCAGAGUUUGAAAAAAGGAAAUUAAACCAAGCAAAACUAGCGGGAAGGUAUUAGCAAAUAGGAUGUUUAUACCUAUUCACAAUGUAAAACGAAUAUAAAAUAUGGUGAUUCGAGCUUUUAAGACUGUCGUCAAACAUUUUAGAAUGGAGAAGGUAAGUGGAGAAGGUAUAUAAAAUAAAAUAGAAAUUGCAACAACAAAACAAAAAAAACAAACACACACAAUAAAUGUAUUCCACGCCGGCAAGCAAACUGGGAAUAGAGAAACGAAACGAAAGAGCAAAGGAAACGAAGAGGAAACAGAAUAGCAACCGCGAUAUAUAUAUAUAUUAACAAAAAAGAUAAAAAAAAGAUAGUAGACAUUUCAAAUGAAAGCCGCAAAGCGAAAUGGAGACGUGAAGGAAUAGAACCUUGUUUCAAACACAUGUGACCGAUUAUUCUCAUUUGCUAGUAGACGAACUACACUAGAAGCGUACAUAAGUAUGGUCAUCCAUUAACAAAGUAAAAAGAAAAAAAAAACCAAACAAAAAAAAACAACAAAAGUUAGUUACGCGUACGCGAUGCAAAAGCUACCGUAAAAGCAUAAUUGGUGAAUUGGGAUCCAAAACAAAUAUUAUAUGACGAUAAGAGGACAAUUUAUCAGCCGUAAUCCUGUUCCUACUUUCCCCGCAGCUCUAACCGCAGCCCGCCUCCCCACGUGUCGUGUCCGUUUUGUUUGUGUUGAAACAAAUAAAGACAGUUAGGAAUAUUUGGGGGCCGAAUGGAAGCAACUAAUCGUUAUAUCAUUAUUAUGACUGUAAAAUAAUUAAAACAAAAAAAAAACAAACCCCCGAGACAUCUUAGCAAGAUGAGCCACAGAAAGUAAAACAAACCGACCGGAAG